AACGAGAGUCACGUGACCUUCGCCGCUUUUGAAUGUUGUAAACAAACCUUUUCCUUGACACCGUCAUGAGAAAUGUGCAAUUUUAUUGUGAUUUUCCCGGUUAUUCAUGGAAUUACCACACCUAAUGCGAUAUGAGUGCCAAAAAAGCCAUCUCGGGGCCGUACCGAGCCACAAAACUGUGGAAUGAUGCGGUGCGGUCCUUUUAUAAUGGCAUGCCAGUGUCAAAGCACUGGCGGGGGUUGCGGCAAUAUGAGAGGUGUUUCACAGCAGCUGAGGCCAUUGACUGGCUUCACAACCAUCUCCAGUCAGAUCCCAACUUUGGUAGUUCGGUGUCACGGGACCAAACUACAAAAUUACUCAGAAAAUUCUUAAAGUCAGGCCUGAUCGAAGAUGUCCGGGGUAAUUCAGUUCGGCCAGAGGACUUUAAAGAUAGCAGAGAACUGUAUCGGUUUAGUAAUCGGUCUCCCCUGAAAGCCCUUCGCACACCUAGAACUCCUGGACGUGUAGCCUUGGCUGCCAUUAACCCAAACACUCCCAGUGCAAAGAAGGAAGCAGAUGAGGGGGCUUCUCCUGUUCUGCGAAAGAGGCAUCAAGGAUCUGCCAGGGAGUCUAUGAGAAGAGCUCAGACACAGACUGAGGCAGGAAGGCAGCGUGGAGGGUCCAUUCGGAACAAAAUACUUGCCAAGAAGUCAGGCUCACA